AUGUCUGACACGGUUUCGAAACUCAUCGUUGCAGAUGCCUUUCUGGAAGCUCUUGCAGAGGCUGGGGUCGAUUACCUGUUUACAGUGCUUGGCUCCGAUCAUCCCAGUAUCAUCGAGGCCUAUGUGCGUCGGACUAAAUUACAGGGAAAAGAAUUUCCCCGUAUGAUUCUGUUUCAGCAUGAGUUCGCUGCCAUGUCUGCCGCUGAUGGCUAUGCCAGAAUCACCCAUCGCCCGGCCUGCGUUAUUGUCCAUGUCGACGUUGGCACCGCAGCCUUGGGACAAGGCCUGCAUAAUGCCUCUAGCGGCCGCGCCCCUGUUGUUAUCUUCGCUGGUGUUGCCCCGUCCACGCUUCAUGGAGAAGCUGCCGGUUCUAGAUCGGAGCAUGUACAAUGGUACCAAGACAUUCCCAACCAAGCCUCCCUCGUGGCCCCCUACAGUCGCUACACGGCAGAGAUUAAGUCCGCGGAACACGUGCAAACAGUGGUCCACCGAGCAGUCCUCAUGGCGACCACCGGUUCACCCGGACCAGUCUAUUUGACAGCAACCCGGGAGAUGUUGGCUGCACCUGUGGAGUCCUUGAAGCCUCGAGAACGUGCUAAUCCGUCCUGCCACCUUGGUGGCUUAUCGACAAAUGCAGUGGAAUUGGUGGCUGAUGCUUUAAUUAAAGCUGAAGCGCCACUGGUAAUUACUGGAUAUCUAGGACGGAACCACCAAGCGGUGAAGAAUCUAAUAGGCUUAGUCGAUAUUGUCAAGGGUAUCAGGGUCUUUGAUUCGGAAAUUCGUGAGGUAUGCUUCCCUGCAGACCAUCCGGCUUGGGUCACACGUGGAACGGGUGCUGCCAAAGUUGUCCAAAGUGCGGAUGUUGUCCUCGUUCUCGAUGCCGAUGUACCGUGGAUUCCCACGCGGGUCAGGCCGUCUCCAUCAGCACAGAUUUUCCACAUUGAUCUAGACCCACGAAAGGAGAAAAUGAACAUUUUCGAUAUCGGCGCUACCGCAACGUACCAUGCUGAUAGUGCUACUGCACUAUCGCAGUUAACGGACUACAUAUUGAAGUCCGGCAAAGUCUCGGCGUCUACCUACGCCGAGCGAUGGAAUACCGUCCAGGCUAGUUUUGCACAAGGCCAAGAACUCGUCGUAAGCCGUGCUCUGAGUGCAGCAGAAACACCGGAUGCACCUUCUACCGUGGAUUACUUACUACAUACUCUUCGCUCCAUAGUGCCCGAUGACACAUACUUUGUCUCUGAUUCUGUCACAAACCAGGUCUUACUCAGUGAGCAGCUUCGUUUCACCCGCCCCGGGUCACACCUGACCAAGGGUGGAAGUGGUCUAGGCUGGGCUGGCGGCGCUGCUAUUGGAGUUAAACUUGCAACAAAGCUUUACGACUUGACUGACAGGCCCAAUGUCAAGCCCAAGGAAUCGAAUGAUUCAAGUGAAGAGCCACUUGUCUGCAUGAUUACUGGCGAUGGAAGCUUUGUCUUUUCUGUUCCAACUGCCGUGUAUUGGGCUAGUCACAGACAUGACUGCCCUUUCUUGACUAUUGUAUUGAACAAUGGUGGCUGGCGUGCGACACGUCAGUGUAUCGUCGAUGUCCAUCCCCAGGGGGUAGCAUCGACCGUGACAAAUCAGGAUUUGGGUAUCUCGCUCGAGCUGGACGGCCCAAAUUAUGGUGAGGUAGCCAAGGCGGCUGCCAAUGGCCAUCUAUGGACAAAGAGAGUCACCCGUGUCGCAGAUUUGAAGGAUGUUUUGACUGAGGCUAAGAAGGUUGUACUCGAGCAGAGGAUGUCUGCUGUUGUUGAUGUCAUUGUGAAGUGA